CUCAAAAACAUAGAGAGGGAGAGAGAUAAUAAAACAGAAACUCUCUUCUUCGUUCCGAAGGUUUUAAACGAAAGAUGGACGUUUUUGAUGGACUUCCAGAUGCGAUCGUCGUCGAUAUCUUGAACAAAGUCGGUGACGUCAAAACCUUACAUCGUUGCAGUUCUGUCUCCAAGAGAUUCAACUCGCUUGUACCUCAGUCCGAGUCACUCUUCGUCCGACUCGACCAGGACGUUACCACCGAGUCACGACCCGAUUCUCCCGUCAGCAACAUUUUCCAAUCAUUAGUCAAGUCCUUCCAAGGUUUCCUCUCUUUAUUUUCUAAACCGGCUAAACCGAUCCGGUUCACGAAUCUUUCACCGAAUAUUCCUUCCAAGAUUCUAUCUCGGUUUGACCGGAUCAAGAAUCUUGAGGUCGAGCUUCCCGGCGGCGAUGUAAGCCUUGAGAAAGGCGCCGCCGUUAAGUGGAAAGCAGAGUUCGGUAAAACUCUUCAAACCUGCGUUGUCGUCGCGUUCCGCUCCGCCUCCACCGUGUCCUCUUCUUCUCCGUACGGCGAGUCAGACGCCAUUGGACUGAAAACGCGCGUGGUGUGGACGAUAAACGCCUUGAUGGCCGCGUCGAGUCGUCAUUUUUUGAUGAGCGAAGUCGUGAAGGAGCAUAAAGAGAUGGAGAGUUUGGUGAUGCAUGACGUAGGAGGAGAAGGGACGGUGGUGAUGAGAGCGGAUGGGCUGAGAGAGUUUCAAAAGACGGAGGAGGCGCGUGGGGGAGAAGCGGACGAACGCCUGAUGAAAAACCGGAGGAGUGUAGUCCCGAACGUGAGGAUGGGCAUGAGGCACGCGCCUUCGCUUGAGCUCAAGAGCGGGAUCUAUUUAGAAUCUGCGACGCUCGUGAUCGUAAGGCCGAGCGAUAAAUAUUCCGACUUCGGAGAUGAUGAGUUGGCGACGGAGGCUUUCGCCGGGAACUGUAUGUACGGUGAAGCGGUGGUCGCUUUGUUAAAACGUGAGAAGAUUAAUUUAGAAAUUAAUUCAUUUUAAGCUUUUAUUGGGCCUUGUAAUGGGCUUUUAUGGCUAAUGUUAUUUUCUUGCACGUGUGUCGUGUGCCGUGUGGCCCGUGUGCGCAUUUACAUAUAUUAUACUAUACAAAAGCUGGCUUAACA